AUGGAUAGUGGCCUUAGUAGGAAGAUCGGGGAGGGGAAUGAUGUGAAGUUUUGGAGUGAGAAUUGGCUGGGAUCAGGUACUUUGAAGGAUAAGUUUGGGAGACUUUUUUGUCUCUCUACUCAGCAACAUCACACAGUUAAUCAAAUGGGAACAUGGGUCAAUGGUUCUUGGCUUUGGGAGCUACAUUGGAGAAGAAUUCUUCUGGAUAGAGAGAACAUUAUGGUUACAGAACUUCUGAAUUCCAUUUCCUCUUGUACUCUAUCUGAAGGUGUUUUAGACGAUUGGAUUUGGACAAAAGAAGAAGGGGGUCACUUCUCUGUCAAGUCUGCCUAUCUUUUGCUACAAGGGGAGGUUUCUGAACCUGAUAACCAGUGCUUUCGAAAGCUUUGGGCUGUGAAGGCACCCUCCAAUGUGCUGGCUUUGGCAUGGAAAGUGUUCUUAAACCGAAUUCAAUCAAAGGUAAACCUUAGUAGAAGAGGUAUCCUUUUAGAUCCAUCCCAAAUUUUGUGCCCUUUCUGCGCUCAAGCUGAGGAAACAACUACGCAUCUCAUCUUUACCUGCAUUCAUUCAUGGCAUGUGUGGCAUCGAGUGCUUCAAUGGCUGGGUAUUUCCACUGUUUUGCCCGAGGAAGGGAAAAAUCACUUCCUGUCUUUCCAGGACAGUUAUAACGCAAGAGAUAGGAAGAAGGGCAUGAGCUUCAUUUGGCUAUCAACUGUGUGGUUUUUAUGGCACCUCAGGAACAGUAUCAUUUUCCAAGGUGAAGUUGCUGAUUUUUCCUUGGCACUUGAUACCAUCCAAUUUAAAUCCUGGUUGUGGCUUAAAGGCAAAGCAAAAGGAUUCUAUUUUUCCUCUUAUGAAUGGGCUUCAAAUCCUUUAAUUUGCUUGGGGAGUCUCUGA